UCUCGCCGGCGAAUAUUUUCAACACACAAAUUGUAACAAAUGCCGACGGGCACCGCCGCCGUCUUUUCCGCCACAAACUUUCUCCCUCCGCCGCUUUAUCCCCCGCCGGCGACUUCAAAAACAAAGCCGACCAGAUGCCACGUCAUCCCCAGAAUGUCCCUAAACCAAAGCCCAUCAAGCGGCCCAAAAUCGUCCGCAUCUUCCUCUUCUUCUUCCCUGUUAUCCUCAAUCACUAAUCUCUUAUGGGGCCCAUCUCUCCCGCCGGGGCUCCUCGUAGCCACCGUCCGUACAGCCUGGGAGACCACGUGGCAGCUCAUGAUGAGCCAGCUCGCCCCCUCCGAUAGUACUGGCGGCUACUCAAGACCCCUCUCCCAAUUUCGCGCCACCAAAAUUUCCGCCAACAAUCUCCAUCUAUACGUCGGCCUUCCAUGUCCAUGGGCCCACCGGACGUUGAUCGUCCGAGCGUUAAAAGGCCUCGAAAACGCCGUUCCCGUCUCCGUCGCCGGUCCCGGCGCAGACGGAUCGUGGGAAUUCCGGGAGAAUCCGACGGCUGACAAUGAAAACCUAAGGCAGGGAUUGGAUAGGGCAAAUGGGUGCAAAACUUUGAAGGAGGUUUAUAGACUGAGAGGAGGAGGUUACAAUGGAAGGUCCACUGUGCCGAUGCUAUGGGAUGCGGAGAAGAAGGAGGUGAUUUGCAAUGAAAGCUCUGAUAUAAUUGAAAUUUUCAAUUCGGGUCUCAAUGGAUUGGCUGAGAAUCCGGAUUUGGACCUCUCGCCGCCAUUGCUGAAGGGGAAGAUUGAAGAAUGGAACGCCAUUGUUUAUCCCAAUGUCAACAAUGGAGUUUAUAGAUGUGGGUUUGCUCAGAGUCAAAAAGCAUAUGACAAAGCUGUCAAUGAGCUAUUUUCAACGCUCGACGUGUUAGACGAACAUUUGGGGCGUUCGAGGUACUUGUGUGGUGAAAAUUUGACUCUGGCUGAUGUUUGCUUGUUUACAACCUUGAUUCGGUUUGAUCUGGUGUAUAAUGUUCUGUUUAAAUGCACAAAGAAGAAGCUGCUUGAGUAUGCAAAUCUUCAUGGAUAUAUGCGAGACAUUUAUCAGAUUCCAAAGGUUGCAGCAACUUGCAACUUUACAGCAAUAAUGGAUGGCUAUUACAAAACGUUGUUUCCUCUAAAUCCUGGGAAUAUUCGACCAACUAAGCCGGCCAGUUGUUAUCAUGAAGCACUCUCAGUUCCUUCCAAAAGGGAGUCACUGCCAAUCUUAGACACAACCAAGCAGGUUUCAGUUUGAUAGAACUCCCGACGUAUGUAUAUGGUCACGAGGGACGCCUUGGACUGUAGACCUCCCCGUUCCGCAGGCAUGAUGGCAAAGCCAGAAGGUCUCAGAAACACACUAUUCAUACUAAAUCUGGGCAUGAGAGAGAUAUGAACAUCUUCUUCUGACAAUUGUGAUGAUAGGACGAGGGAGCAAUAGUCAUUCGCUGUAGCUUCUUGUAAGAAAAAUUCAUGGUCCUAUCACGUUAAACAAGCGUAUCAUAUCAUUGAAGUAUAUAAGUUUUGGGCAAGGAGGAUCAGGUAAAGAAGUUUAUGUAAAGAGAAGCACCGCAAAAAGUUCAUCAGCUACUGUUUCUUCUACUUUUCUACGUAAACCAAUGGUGUAGCUAUUAUCUUCUGUGUAAAGUGCAGCUACCAGCUUGAGCUGUUCCGGUGAUUUUAUGCUCAUCAACUGUAUGUGGGAGUAUAAGCAAGCAAGACUAUAGGUUAAAUUAUAGGUUAAAUUAUAGGUUAAAUUAUAAGUUUAGUUUCUAAGACGGAGUUUACCUGGAAUGUCACAUUAUAUGUGGCUAGAAACAUUAAGAGUCUGAUGGGGGUUUCUGGAAUGUAUACGGUACUUGAGGCAACAUAAUCAUGGUGAUAACCAAUGCUAUUUGCUUUCAUGUC